AUGCGGGCCAUGCAGCAGGACGCCGUUUGCCAGGAUGAACUCGCUAAGCAACAAGCCGAGAUUAUGACCCAGCAGGCUGAGCUGAUUACCAGACUGCAACAACAGAAUACAGCGUCUGCUUCACAACAAAUUCCUCCUCCGAUGGGUAGAGCUAAACAAAACAUGGAACUCAUACGCAACGACAAGACUCGAUAUGUGACCUUUCAAAAGAGAAAGAAGGGGUUGAAGAAGAAGACUUACGAAUUAAAAACCCUCUGUGAUGUUGAAGUGUGUUGGAUUAUUUAUGGUCCUAAGAUCAAUGACCGUCCUACAGAUGAUCAAGCAGAAAUCUGGCCCCCAAAUCCCGACGUAAUUCAGCACUUGAUCGACACCUACAAAAACCUAUCUAGUGAAGAUCGCACGAGGAGAACCCUUGGUUUGUCCAACUUUUUUGAGGAAAGGAAUCAAAAGAUUGAAGACACGCUUGUGAAACUACGAAAGAAAAAUGACGAGGCUAGGUACUCUACGUGGGAUGAUCGAUAUAAUGGUUUGUCGAAAGAACAACUCAGAGAAUUUGAAAGUGUUUUGGAGGGAAAGCUUCAAGAUGUGAAGGCUAGGGUUGCAUUCAUGAAGGGUAUUGAUCAGAAAUUGUCAGUAGCAUGUAUCGAUGACAAUUCUCACACUCAAACCAUCCAAAACCAAUCUUAUUUCAUGCAUGGAGGCAUGUUUGGGACAAAAGUUGACAACGACAUCGCUAAUUUACAGUACUAUUUCAAUCAGGCUCAGGUUUAUGCAAAUUCCAAGGCGAAUCCAAUGAUGAUGACGACGAUGAUGCCAAGGAACAAUAAUCAGUAUUACAAUAAACUUGGCGGCGUGUCUAGCAGUAACUUUAUGUGCAAUCCACUAGAUAGGCCAAUUUAUUAUGAUCCGAUGAUGUUGGAGAAUGCUAUUGUUAACAAUCCUUUGCCACCUGUGGGCUAUUGCAAUCCGAGCAUACAGACAACGUCGCCAUCAUCUAGUGUGCAUGCUUCUCAGUUGGACAAGUACUACAAGCCAGGGAUUUUCAAAUGA